UAAACCCAUAUAGACAGAUCCAGCCAACAGACUGUGACUAUUUGCCGAGUCCAUCUGCUAGGUACGCAGCUUUCGCUUGUUUGAUAUCUGGCUACAAUUCCACAUCAAAUAGUACUUUUCAAGGAUUUCGUAGUAAAGCUAUCGAUACGUGUAUGCUAAUCACCAUUUCGUACUCUGUUAACGAGUCCAAAAUUAACACCCGAGGGGUUCGCACGCAUCAAACUGCACUCCUUUUUGUACACCUUAUUUUAAAUAUUUUUGGAAAUCGUGUACAGAAAUUUUUCGUUUACCGAUUAUUUCCUGAUUGUUGGUUAGCUCAAUUCUCUUUACCGAAAUAAAAAUGGCAAAAAGUUUUUGCGUUCUCACCUUAGUCCUUAUUUGUGGGGCAAUUAAUAUCCAAGCUUCCGACGAUAUGGAAGCCGCUUGGAAGAAAUAUCAGGACGAAUUCCCGUUAGGAGUUCAAACGAAAGCCGAAUUAGGAAUACGCAAAUCCAUCUUUGAAGAAACGCAUGCUAAGAUUACGGAGCACAACUCUAAAACAAACGCCACUUACAAAAUGGGCCACAAUGCCUUCUCAGUUAUGACUGAAGACGAACAGCAAUCUUAUUUCGGAGCACUUGAACCGGUCCCACCUUCCAAUUUGCCUGGUCUCUUCUCUGAGCGACAACUGAGCAGAGUUGACUACCGUACUGAUUCGUGCAUGCCGCCGGUAAGGAACCAAGGUAGAUGUGGAAGUUGCUGGGCUCAUUCCGCCACUGCAGUCGUCGAAUUCGGAAAAUGUAAAAAACAAGGAGGAAAGAGUCUCGACUUCAGCGAGCAGCAGAUAAUAGACUGCAGCCGGGCUAACGGCUGCUCUGGCGGAUGGGAACACGAGGCUUGGCAAUACUUGGCUUCCAACUGCGGCCAAACUGACGAAAAAUCCUACCCUUACACAGCUAAGGCUGGAGAUUGCAAGUUUAGCACACGGAAUAUGACGAUUGGAGCUCAAAUUUCCUCUUCAAAUCCUGUACGAUGGGUUCCAGCAGGAGAUACAAAGGCCAUGAUGAGCAUCUUGUCGGGAAAACGAAUCCUUUCCAUUUAUAUGCAACUGCCUGAUAGUUUCAUGAACUACAAAAGUGGAGUUUUUAACGACAACAAUUGCGUUCCCAGAAGGGCUCACGCUAUGAACAUCGUCGGAUAUGGCACUCAGAAUAGCGUUAAUUAUUGGGUCGUACGUAAUUCGUGGGGUAAUAAGUGGGGAGCUGCCGGCUACGUUCUUGUUCAGCGAGGUGUCGAUUUGUGCAUGAUUGAAAGAUGCGUUCGCACUGCUAACGUAAUUUAAUCAGAUUUCCUUUACUCUAUAUCCUAAUCCAUAAAUUCUCUAGUUUCCUCAUUAAUGUUAACGUGCAAUACAAUUAUGGGAGAAUAUCUGCACCGCACAGUGAGUCUUUCCGUUGAUAGUAUGCUGUGAAGGAGCUUGGGAAAUCUCUUGUUCAGAUCAAUUAAAAAAUGUGUCGACCAAGAAUACAGAUAUAACCAAGAAUAUCUAAAUAAGUAGUGUUUUAGGUAUCUCGUGAUUUCUUCGGAUUUUUUACUAUACAUAAUGAACACUUAUUAGCUAGUGAAACGAACAAGGUUAUUUAGUUCUGCGGAAGAUUUCUUCAAUGUAAUUUUGCUUCUUCCUUACAAAAAUGAAAAAUGGAGCCAAAGGAGACAUUUGUUUUUA